GAGACCCUCUUCAAGAUUCGGUAUCCUUAUUCCUCACACACACAUCAUGACGAAGUGCAAACUCUCAAUACGAGAAGUCGUAGGAACAUACAACGUUCUUAGCCGCUGCCCGUGUGCAUAACAACAAAUCCAGAUUCACUCAUCAAUUAUCUUAUGUCUACAACUCAAUUUCAUACCCUUUUUCUUCUUCUGAGUUUUGAUUAUUCACACCUUAUGCCACUGAUUUCGCACCAACUAGUACUUUGGUAAGAUCAAAAAAGUAAAAAUCCCACCUUUUGUUUCUGUUCUUUGGAAAGUCUCAGUUUUUGUUAAGACCCAUGUGCCAUAAUAUUGUUAUUUCCAACAUCACAUGUUCGAAAGUUGAUGUGCUCUUAUUAGAUCCACGGUGGUUGUUCUAUGUGCUCAGGUUGAUUCUGUUGUGGCACAAAAUUUUCUGAAAUUUUGAUGCCCAUAUGAUAAAUUUCUCACCUUUAUAUUCGGUGGUGUUGACUUCAUUUGCAUUCGAGAUUGGAUCUUAUAUGACCACGAGUCAUAGUAGAGGGUGGUUACCUUAGAAGAUUUUUAAUUUUAUUUAGUUUAUUUGUUUAAAUUUUUUGGUUUUAAUUUGUGAGCAAGAUGCAAUCAAGGGUUGUGGCCCUUGAAGAAGGAAAGGAAAGAAGCAACCAAUCCAAAGGCUUGCCUCUAAGACCACUGCGGCUACUUGUGUUGUUUCUUGCUCUCUGUGUGGUGUUCUCUGUCAUUAGCAUAUACACUGUUAAGCAUUUUGGAAUUGAGAGUGUGGUCACUACAGUGAGCUCAAGUUUUCAGCCAUGUUAUGAGGAACCAAGUGGUUUGGAUAAAUGGAUUAAGCCACCUUCGACCUUGAUCCAUAAUAUGAGUGAUAAAGAACUGCUGUGGAAAGCUUCCUUUGUUCCUCGGAUCAAGAAAUACCCUUUUCCUAGAGUUCCCAAAAUUGCAUUCAUGUUCCUCACUAAGGGACCAUUGCCUUUGGCACCCCUCUGGGAGAGGUUUCUCAAGGGGCAUGAGAAGCUUUAUUCCAUUUAUAUUCAUUCACUGCCCUCCUUUCAAGCUCAAUUUCCUCCUUCAUCCGUCUUUUAUAACAGGCAAAUCCCUAGCCAGGUUUCUGAGUGGGGAAAGAUGAGCAUGUGUGAUGCCGAAAGAAGACUCCUUGCUAAUGCAUUGCUUGAUAUCUCCAAUGAGUGCUUCAUGGGUGCAUUUGAUGAUCCCGGUCCAUUCGGAAGAGGACGCUAUAAUGAGAACAUGGCCCCUCUGGUCAAUAUUACAAAGUGGCGCAAGGGCUCUCAAUGGUUUGAAAUAAAUCGAAAGCUCGCCAUCAACAUAGUUGAAGACACUACAUUUUAUCCAAAAUUUGAACAAUAUUGUAGACCGGCUUGUUACGUCGACGAACACUAUUUCCCCACCAUGCUUACCAUUCAAGCAGGGAAUGUGUUGGCAAAUAGAAGCAUAACAUGGGUGGACUGGUCUAGGGGUGGAGCUCACCCAGCAACCUUUGGAAGAACAGAUGUUACAGAGGAGUUUUUCAAUAGGCUUCGUGGAGGUCACAAAUGCGUAUACAACAAUCGAAACUCUUCGGUUUGUUUUCUUUUUGCCAGAAAAUUUGCUCCUAGUACUUUGGAACCUUUGUUACAUAUGGUGGAUUCAAAGGUGUUGGACUUUUGACAAAUACUUUCACUUGUGUUGAGUCAUGGCAACUAAGGGAAAAUAUAGGUGUAGAAAUAAAGUCUUUAGAUACUAGCAAAAUUCAUUAUAUGCCAUGACAUGAUGAUAUUGGAGAGUGCUAGGUGCAUGGUAGAGUGACCUCACUUCAUAUAUACUGUUGAGUCAUUUUU